GGGGCGGCGGCGGCGAAGGAGAGAGCUUGACGGGAGUGGGGGGGGGGGGUGGCCAGCGGGACAGGACGAAACCUGAGCGGAGGUGGCGGAGGAUUCGCUCCCGGAGCAGCUGCAGCCAGGUAUAUGAGUGACCUACAGCUGCAAAUAAAGACGGAGAGAGAGCAGUGCCAACUGCGAGCAGGGCAAGGAUGCCAAUUCCUCCUCCCCCUCCACCCCCACCUGGCCCUCCUCCACCUCCCACCUUUAAUCAGGCAAACACAGAACAGCCCAAGCUGAGUAGGGAUGAGCAGCGGAACCGAGGUGCCCUCUUACAAGACAUUUGCAAAGGGACCAAACUGAAGAAGGUGACCAACAGUAAUGACCGCAGUGCACCUGCUAUUGAGAAGCCCAAAGGAAGCAGUGGUGGUUACGGCUCUGGAGCCGCUGCUGUGCAGCUCAAGGGAGGGCUCUUCCAAGGAGGAGUGCCGAAGCUCCGGCCUGUGGGAGCCAAGGACAGCCCAGAGAACCCAGCUGGUAAGCCAGCACUACAGAUCCCCAGUUCUCGAGCAGCUGCGCCAAGGCCUCCGGUGUCUGCAGCCAGCGGACGUCCUCAAGAUGAUACAGACAGCAGCAGAGCUUCUCUUGCAGAACUGCCCCGGAUGCAGAGACCCUCUUUGCCGGACCUUUCUCGGCCCAAUACUACCAGUAGUACGGGCAUGAAGCACAGCUCCUCUGCUCCUCCCCCACCACCUCCAGGGCGGCGAGCCAAUGCACCCCCUACACCCCUGCCUAUGCAUAGCAACAAAGCCCCAGCCUACAACAGAGAGAAACCCUUGCCUCCAACUCCUGGACAGAGGCUCCACCCUGGUCGAGAGGGACCUCCUGCUCCACCCUCAGUCAAGCCACCUCCUUCCCCUGUGAAUAUCAGAACAGGACCAAGUGGCCAGUCUCUGGCUCCACCUCCUCCGCCUUACCGCCAGCCUCCUGGGGUCCCCAAUGGACCCUCCAGUCCCACUAAUGAGUCAGCCCCUGAGCUGCCACAGAGACACAAUUCUUUGCAUAGGAAGACACCAGGGCCUGUGAGAAGCCUAGCGCCUCCUCCACCCACCUCUGCCUCCUCUUUACUGAGUAAUAGGCCACCUCCCCCAGCCCGAGACCCUCCCAGUAGGGGAGCAGCUCCUCCACCCCCACCACCCAUGAUCCGAAAUGGUGCCCGGGAUGCUCCCCCUCCACCCCCACCAUACCGAAUGCAUGGGUCAGAACCCCCAAACAGAGGAAAGCCCCCACCGCCACCCUCAAGGACACCAGCUGGGCCACCCCCUCCUCCUCCACCACCUCUGAGGAAUGGCCACAGAGAUUCCAUCACUACUGUCCGGUCUUUCUUGGAUGAUUUUGAGUCAAAGUAUUCCUUCCAUCCAGUAGAAGACUUUCCUGCUCCAGAAGAAUAUAAACAUUUUCAGAGAAUAUAUCCCAGCAAAACAAACCGAGGUGAGAAAGCUGCCCGUGGAGCCCCACCUCUGCCACCCAUUCUCAGGUGAAGCCUGGUUUGAUCCUGUUCCUCAGGAAAAGAAUGGACCUCCUCUUCUUCUCAGAUGGUCCUGUCCAUUCCCCUAAACCUGCAUGAGAGCUCCUACUGUGUUUCUCCAGUGCAACCAACCCUGGACUCAAAGCAUCCUCCCAGCUCACUUCCAUCUAUGCAGUUCGUCUCUGGAUUUGGUGAUUGGACUCUUUCUGUCCGCAGUGGGGUCUUAAGCCCUACAUCUAUCCCACUUCUAGCAAGUCCUGCCAGUCUGUGUCUCCUGCUUUCCCUAGGGAAAGGUGCCUUGUGGUGGAUGGACUCACUGUUGGGCAGGAUGGAGAAUGCUGCUCCUCUGUGUUCUUAUCCAGUGUGGGGAAGCUUGGUGGGUGCAUUAUAUUCCAUUGUUUAGGAAGCUGGCAUAGCCAGGACUUCUGGGAGAGGGACAUUUAUAGUGAGGCAGGAAAGGAAUGUACAGACAAGUGAUCUGUUUUAAAGGUCAGGUUUGGAGAAAGGACAAGGAUAUGGCUCUGCUUUAUUUUUAGGGGCAUUUGGUUUUGUUCUCAUCCUCCCUCCCCCAUUCCAGGGAUAGGUUGAAUAUACACACUAAAUACUAAUCAAUUAAACUAAAUAUUUAAAAAAGAAAAGGGUAAAAUAAGCUGAGGAUCAGUUUAGAGCUAGUCAGUUCUUCUGCAUCUAAGGGACCAGGAGCCAUUCAAGUCCUCUGGGACUCCCUGCCCCCUUUCCUCAGGGUACUAGGUUGAAGGAUGUUCCCCCGACCCUCCCUGUCCUCAUCCUGCCAAGAGGAAAGUCACUUUUGCCAGGGGCAUCAUUCAGUUAUGAUCCACAAAUUCCAAAAACUUCUGGUGGGAGAUAGGGAGAUGUUGCCUGGGUCUUAACCUCAACCUCAAGUCUGCCUCAGUUUUUCUGACUGACCUUGAAGUGAUCAUUGGUUUUGAGUCAGUCAGCUCCAGAAUGAUUAAAAAGGCAAGGAGGAGAUACCCUUCUUUCAUGGGAGAAUCUGGCUCUGUCUGGGUGGAAUACAAAGGAUUUGACAGAUAAAGGAUUUGCUUAUAAUGAAAAGUUGACAGUCGGCCUGACUGAGCAGGCUCUUCCUUCCUUUAUUCUCACUUGCCUAGAGUGCAGGUGCUAAUGACAAAUUAGGACAGGUUGAGAACACAGGAGAAGCUGGGAGGGAUAAUUCAGUAUUCCUGUAGGCCAAGAAGCACAAAGACGUCAGUGAAGUUUGCCUCCUUAAGAUAGGUCUUCUGUUGGCAGCCGGCAUUAUGUUGUUUCCUUGUCUUCCAGGCCCUAGUUAAAGAGCACAGGGAACAUAGGUGGUAUGUCUGAAGUUGGAUAAUGAGACAAUGACUGUCCUUUCUCCAAUAGCAGGAUGGGGCUCCUGGACACCACAAACCAAAUGAGUUUGAUAUAGCCAUUGCCACAUGCCCAGGCUGCUUUAGGCUUGGCCUAAGAGCAGGGAGACUGAGCUUGAAAUGUGUAGGGCAUUCCAGUUAAGAACUUUAACCAGACCCAUCACAGGCUUAACUUGCCUUAGGGAUCCUUAUAAUCUAUUGGAUCACAGGCUAAGGAUCUGUCCUGAUUCCUGGUAAAAGUCCAAAUCUUCCUAGUGAUAGGUGAGGGAGGACUCAAGUUAUUCAGAGUCUCUUAUCUUUUUCCAUCUCCUGGAUCACAUGGACUCUUGUGACAGACUACAGUUAAAUCUGUCACCAACCUUUUUCUAAUCAUUCAUUAUUUAUUCUUUUUUUUUUUUCCAAAUCUGUUAGCAGUUACCUCCCAGAAGUAUCCCCAGAAUCCUGCCGUGAGUAGAGGUGAGAGGGGAGUACAAGAGUUGAUACUGCAGCAGAAUUCCAGGGUAGAUGCUAACGCAUUUCUGAACUUUGACUGUGAAGUCUUCCCAUUUGUUUUUGAAAUGGGAGUUGAUGCCUUUUGUACAAUGUUCUCAAAGUGUAUUUUUUUUUAAUCCUUUACUCAAAUAUAGAGCAUCAAGAUGUGUAUCACAAAUAAAGCCAAACCCCAGCUUUUCAUUGGGGCUGAAUCUUCCUCCCCAUGACCUGCUGCUGCCCCUCCCAUUCCCCAGCAUUUGGACUGUGUCACAUGGGUACUGGUUGUAUUUGCAUUGUCUUUGCCUCAUGAAAAAAAUGGGG